AUGUCCUCUGAUGUGGAAAAAGUGGUAGAAAUAGAUGAGGAUGAGAUUGAGGUUACUGGAGAGACGAAGCAUGCCGUAGAAAAGGAGGCUGAGUUGACCCAGAAAGUUGUUCCCAUGCCUAGACCUCCACCUCCUUUCCCACAGAGGCUAGUACAGAAGACUACAGAAGGAAAAUGCCACAGGUUCAUUACUAUGUUGAAACAACUUCCCAUCAAUGUCCUAUUGAUGUUGGAGCAAAUGCCUGGUGCCAUUUCUACGAGGUCAUUCGUGCAAAAGAAAGAGCAUAAUGGAGCUUUCACUAUUCCUUGGACCAUCAGUAAGAUGCACUUUGCGAGAGCUUUAUGUGAUUUGGGUGACAACAUUAAUUUGAUGCCAUUGUUGAUUUAUAAGAAGAUGGGUUUAGGAGCUCCAAAACCAAUUGCGAUGUGUUUACUUAUGGCUGAUAGGACUGUGAAAAAUCCCAUUGGAGUGCUUCAAGAUGUCCUUGUGAAAGUGGAGUCAUUCAUUUUUUCGGCAAACUUUGUGAUACUUGAUUGCGAGGUAAACUUUGAGGUCCCCAUCAUAUUAGGGAGACCAUUCCUUGCUACUGAGCGUGCCUUAGUCAAUAUGGAGAGAGGGCAGAUGAAGCUUCGACUGAAUAAGAAGGAGGUGACCUUUAACAUCUAUAAGUCUACGAAGCAGGAAAGUGAUCUUAAACCGGUAUCUAUGAUAGGUGUUGGCCCAUCUGGCAGUGUGAGCACUACUGAGGGUGCUGGGAUAGUUGAUGAGAGCGCUAUUGAUGGCGUUCCUAGAGUUGAUCAUGCGGGCUCCGGGAAACCGAACCCACCCGCUUCUUGA